AUGGCGGGACUUUCACAAGAAGAUCGCAACAUUAUCAAGAACCAUCCUCUAACCAGCUCAGUCAAUCAUUUACAAGGCGUGCUUCAGGAAGCUGAAAAAAUCUAUGAGUCACGUCUAAUUUCCUAUGAUGGCGCUGUUGAUAGCCUUGACCAACUCUAUCGGGGAGCGACUUCGGGACUCCUCUCUGUUUUACAGAAAGAGGGUGCAGCUUGUAACCUUCACUCACGGAUAGGUGAUGGGAAAUUGGAGUCUGAUCUAGGACACUUAGUUGAGCGUCUCAAAAAAACAAAAGGAAUCUUCAAAUACGAUGACUACCGGCCUCUAGUACACCUGGUCAUCCAAAGGCUCCCAGACAAUGAAAUCCAGGACGUUGAUAAAUGGAACAUCGACAUCUGGAAAGCUGUAUUUAACCUCAUUGACAACAUCCCUCAAUCAACUCCUCCGACGAGCAUCCCACCCUCCUAUGACAGCACGCCAGUCAAAUCCACCUCAUCAUCGCAGAAAGGCUCCGAGCAGACGCAUACCAUCUGUCGACGUGUGUUAGACCCAGACAGCGACAGUAAUUGGGCCCAGUUUCCCGAUCCUCCUACACAGGACAAUGUCCUCACCUGGUGGUUUCGUCUUCAAGAAGACCUUCUCUCGGAAUCACGCAGCACCUACUACACCACAGCAAGCAAAGCGGAUCUUACUGGUUCGCAGGCGGAACGGCAAGUUGACCUUCUUUUGCGAGCUAGGGGUGGGAGCCCCUUGCAAAACAAACACGACUGGACAGACAUCCUGGUGGUUGGCGAGCUCAAAAAACCUAAAGAGAAGAUCAGGACCAAAGCCACACUGCUGCAGAUCAGCUGCUCUGUACGCGAGGUCUUUGCUGCACAGCCCACUCGGCGGUUCGUCCAUGCAUUCACUGUCUGUGGGACCAAGAUGGAGGCGUGGGUGUUCGACCGCGCGGGGCCCUAUAGCUCGGUAAUCAUCGACGUCUACGCGGACUCGAGACGGUUCUUUCAGGUGCUUGUGGGCUACACCAUGAUGAGCGACGAGGAGCUGGGACUGGACACCUUUAUUGCUAGGGAUGAAUGGGGCAACAAAUCAAUAACUGUUAAAGGGCCUGGGAACUCAGUGGAAAAGGUGCUGCAGCUGGGUCAAAUGCUUUCCUUUCAGCGUGCCAUCGUGUGUCGCGGGACAACAUGUUUUCUCGCAAACAAUGGACAAGUGGAGGGCGUAGCCAAAUUCUCGUGGGUGUCGGACAAGCGGCGACCGGAGGCGGAACUCCUCGAGCUAGCAGGUCAACAAAAUGUCCAGGGGGUCGCCAGGAUCAUUGGCCAUAGUACCAUCACCAACAUCGCCGACAUGCGCCGCGACCUGACCUUCGACGACAAGCGCUAUGACUUCAAAAGCGCACCCCCAAGCACAGCCUCCUCGUUUCAUCAAUCUCAGCCGCUGACUGAGCCCUGUCGCUUAGAUAUACGUCGAAAAUCGUCGUCGAGGAAGCGCAGAUCCCCGGAUAAGGGGAUGCAGGCGUCCAAACGAUCGCGCUCCAUCAAUCAACCAUCAAGGGACACCCAGGAGGAGAACAAACUAGCUUUCUCCAUUCAGUCAGCGCACAGACCAAGCCUCUUCGACAGGAACGGUGAGGAGCCGUACGACAACCGUGUCCUCCGGUGUCUCGUGAUCUCACCCGCUGGCCAGCCGAUCUAUGACUACAGAUCACCAUUGGAGCUUCUCACAGCGCUGCGCGAUGCAAUAAAGGCGCACCAGUCUCUUUACCUGGAUGGGAACAUCCUUCAUCGGGAUAUUUCAGAGAACAAUAUAAUAAUAACUGAUCCAGGCAAGGCGGACGGUCACUCGGGCAUGCUGAUCGAUUUGGAUCUUGCCAAAGAGGUUGGGAGCAGGAGAAGUGGCGCGCGGCACCAGACUGGCACAAUGGAAUUCAUGGCAAUUGAGGUGCUGCUUAAUAUCGACCAUACCUAUCGGCAUGAUCUCGAGUCGUUCUUCUAUGUGCUUAUCUGGCAAUGUGCCCGUCAUGGUUGGGAAAAAUUAAAUGAGCUACAGGGACACGGACAGGACCCGCCCAAAGACAGCAUGCUGAGAGAAUGGUAUACUGGAACUUAUAAGAAAAUUGCAACUUAUAAAAGAGGUAACAUGGAAGCUGGCGGAUUUGAGUAUCUUUUGCAGGAGUUUCCGCCGGAUUUCGAGUGCAUCAAGCAUCUUUGCAGGACCAUACGAGGUGUACUAUUUCCUUAUGGGAAGGAAGGACUUAUUGUUGGAACACCGCAAGUCCCACAGAGACUAUAUGAUCCUAUCAUUAAGGCAGGUGGCCGCAGCUCAAAAGGCAUUACUAAAUUUGCGUGUAUCAUCGGUGAUCACCAAUUAAAAGUCUUCCUCUACGUUAAUGCCAAGGACCUCCAGCGGGCGUUCUCAUCUAAACGCAAGCAUACAUGCUGGACUGUGUGGUUAAAACACCACAAGAUGAAGUGUCCUUUCAUCAACGAUCUUAGCCACCUCCUGCCUGAUAUCGAGUUUCUAGAGCUAUUGUUCACUGGAAGCCAUAGCUAUUUCUUCAAAUACACCCUCAACCUGACUGGCCGGAAUCACGGUUCGAAAGAAAUGCAUGGGAGAAAGACCCCUUCAUCGUUGAAUGUCAAGUGUAUGAUUACUUGA